GUAACUUGGAUAAGGAAAAAGGACUAUUCCCUACUGUCAGUUGGUUUAGUAACUUACAGUGCUGAUAAUCGAUUCUUCUCAGCGCACGGGAGACAUGUUAAAGAUUGGGCAUUGCAUAUACGUUUCGCGACGUCAGCUGACGGUGGAUACUAUGAAUGUCAAGUCCCGACGCAUCCACCAACAAGUAUAUUCUUCAAGCUUGUUUUAGUAGCCGCCUACGCUGAGAUAGUGGGUGAAUCAGAGAAGAUAAUUCACGAGGGUUCGAUGCUCCGGCUGGUGUGUGUAGUCAAGAGGUCUACAGAACCACCGUCCUACGUGUUCUGGUACUUCGAGAACAGAAUGAUCAACUAUGAUUUAAAUGGCGUGAGCGUGCACAACGGGCGACAGACGAGUGAGUUGGUGAUUGGCAAAGCUGAGCCCCGCCAUGCUGGAAAUUACACGUGUGUACCCGCCAACGCGAAAGCCGCUUCGGUCACAGUACACGUUGUGCAAAGUGAGACACCAGCAGCGAUGCAACAUGGAAACAACUCCGCAGCAUCUAAGUUAGAAGUGGAAAUACUCACAAUAUAUACUCUUGUAACAAUAUCUUUGAUUCUCAUACAAAACCAUCGUGACUUCGGAUAACGUUGUUUUACUAUUGUAAAUUUGCUGUGUAUAUUGUCGUUUUAAAAUGUAUUUACGUAGGCGGAGUUAUUGUAUUUUUAAUGUUGUUACCAGGUGUUAAAGUUGAAUUUACAGUAACAAUUCUUAAAAAUAAUCAUAUAGGUGAUGUGAAUAUUUAAUUUAGCGUUUUGUGUUAUUGAAUGAUGUUCAAAGGUGCCUUCCUCAAUACUUGAUAUAAAUCAGUGAAAUAUGAAAAAUACCAGCAUUAUAAUGUAUUAUUUUUUUACGACAAAGUGACCCCUCUGCUCCUGAUGGUAAGUGUAGGGGGGUCCAAUAGAAUGUAGAAUACCGAGUGAUUACCCCUCGACAGUCGACACAAUUAUGCCGGCCUGUUGGAAUCGAAUAUGCACAGGCUAAUUCCAGAACGCUACAUUUACUUGGGCCACUAUGGUGGGUUUUAACACCUUGUGUACGGUGGUCGCUAUCCGGGCGGAUAUAAUAUAUAUCCUACCACCAGCAAAAUGCUAACAGAUUAAAAGCCUUAUUUGUAUGACCGUACGAUGAAGACUAAGAGGUAAAAUAGGCCAAACUCGGCUUUGUUUCUGGGUUACUAACUGUUUUUAAUACAAGGUUGAGAAUAUCAAGGUGCAUUGUUUAAAAAAUACCACUUCUGCACCGCGGCGUAGUUGUACUGCAUGCGCGGUAACAGCGCUCUGAGGUCCUCGGUUCGAAUCCCGGGUCGGGCAAAGUGAUAUCUGGCUUUUUUUGCUCAGUAUCAGCCUGGAGUCGGAAAUUUGUGCCCGAUAUGGCGAUAGGCUCACCCCUAUCACAUCAUGGGACGGAGCACAGUUGGAGAAAAGUGGGUGCCCUGGUUGCGCCUCUGCAUACCCUUCCGGGGAUAAAUGCGUGAUGUGUAUUUGUUUUUGUUUAAAAAAUAUAAACAAAUAUCUACGCACAUAAGUAUAAUGUUUAGUGUUAUUUUGUGUCGUGUUUAAUCAAAGAAUUUUCAUAAAUUAAAUGGUCUAUUUUUUUUAAAUCCAUAAAAUGAAUAUUAUUUAGAUUCCGUCUAUUUUUUCUCUACUAUCAAUUCGGAAAGCAGUUUCCACCAGAAAAGCAUUGGCAUACCUCCAUUAUAGCUUUUUGCGAAAUCAGUUCACAAGUAUAACGUAUAGUCCAUAAUACACAAAAUACAUUUAGUUGUUUACUUUGUUUAGAGCAGUCCAUUUAUUUAUUUGCAAAACAAUGGAUUAGCACGUUUAAAUAAAAUAAUAUUAUCUUGUCUUUAUAAGUGGAUAUUUUUUAUAUAAAUUAUACUCACCAUUGUCUGCAGUAAGAUCAAGGGUUUUUUAUCGUCUACGCGGGCAAAUCCGUCUUUUUGCAAUUACGGGCCUUCUUAUCGAAGGACAGCUUUGGCAGCCAUAUAGAUAUAGGCGGCGAAAAAUCUUCUAUUAACCUAAUUACUUAUGAAAUCUGUCCUUCGAUUAGAACGGACGUAACUGCAAAAAGACGGAUUUGCCUCCGUAGACGGAAUAUGCCCCUUGACCUUAUUGCAGCAAUAGUCAGUAUAAUUUAUGUUAGAAAUCUCCACUUAU